AUGCCUCUAAUCUCGCACAGCCGUCCGUGGCUCCGCGUUGUGCCGCCGCCGCUCGCUCUGCCUGGCCGGGUGCUGCUGCUCGUCCUGGCUUGCCUCCUUCUAACAACUCGACCUGCCGACGCCGUCCAGAUUCCUUUCUCGAACUGUCUCCCCGAUUCCUACAGAUUGUACGAGCCACGCCUUCUGCAGUGGACCCCGUUGUACGCCGAUGCUCGCUUUGAUACCGAGAGCGAAAACCACAAUCUUCGUGUCAUCAUUUGGGGAAAUGUGACAGGCUCCCAUUCUGUGGUCUCCCUCCCCCCGCCGAGCGAUUCCCACUGGGGAGAUCCCACAGAGACUGAGGGCAAGAUUGUCCGGCUUCCCAACGAACCCAACGCCAAGGUCACGGCGCUCAAGACGCAGGUCGAGAUGCUCACAUACCAACCCUUUGGUGCUCGUGAAGACUUUUGUAACGACAAGCUCGUGAACGCCUCCUGUCCCCUGGCGCCCGUCUUCAACCAGACUGAUGUGACAAAUCAUUACGAAUUGCCCUCUGUCAACAUCAGCCAUGACUUCUUCUCCUCCUAUGCCUUUGCAUCCUUCUCCGCGACCUUCCUCGUUAUUUACGGUGACGUUGCCGCUACUGACAUUGGUUGUGUCUCUGCGACCAUCACCCCGGAUCUCGGCCACCUGGCCGGCUUGAUCAAGUGGAUGCCCUUUGCCAUUCUGUUGUUCGUCGGCUUCGCUACCGUUUUGGCGAGCAUGUACAGCCCCUGGGGCACCACUGACGUUUUGCGGUGGACCUCAAAUUUUGGGCGGGAUCAGGACUUGCUCCGUCUUGUCACGCCUGGCUUUGGCGACUGCCUGCAGUAUAUCCAGUUUGUCGUUCUCACCGGAUCACUCACUCUGAGUUACCCUGGCUUCUACCAGCCCAUCGUCAGCCAAGCGAGCUGGUCAGCCUUGAUGUUCAACGAGAGUUUUGUAGACAAGUCUCCCGGCUGGCCAGCUAUCCAAGACGGCAUCUACGUUACAGAAGGCCAUCAUGGUCUGGAGCGCUUUGCGCACCUGGUCGGUAUGGGUGAUGUCGAGGAUAUCUGGGUAGGCAUGAUGGUCUGGCUGCUGGUCAUCAUUGCCUCCGUCCUCGUGCUCAUCCAGAUAGGCUUUUUCGUUCUUUGGAUCUACCGACUGAUCAGCAGCACGACCGAGGAGGACCUGCGCGCGAAAAACUUGCCGUUCUCGAUAGGCAACGUUGUCCGAGUCGUCUUCAACUUCUUCUUGCUGCCCAUUGUAGCGCUCUCCACCUUUCAGCUAGUCGUUGCCGGCGAAUCAGCCAACUUUGCCGUCGCCUUGGCUGUCAUCACGUUGGUCAUCCUGAUCGGGUUCACCUGCUGGCUGCUCUACCUGAUCAUCACUACGAAGCCGAGGGCGGUCCUCUUUGACGAUCUCCCAACCGUGCUCCUCUACGGGCCACUCUACAACACGUAUUCGGACGAGUCGGCAACGUUUGCCUUGGUUCCCGUCAUGCUGACCUUUUUCCGAGGCAUCGCGAUUGGUGCGGUGCAGCCGUUUGGCAUCGCUCAGAUUGUCUUGCUCGCCAUCUGUGAGGUGGUGCAAGUCUUGACGCUACACGCAUUUCGUCCCUUCCAUCCUGCAACAUUCAUGAACGCCUACCAUACCAUGUUCUCCGUCGUGAGGUUCAUCACCGUCAUGCUCAUGGUUCCCUUCAUCCCUGAGCUCGGAGUCACAGAAGGCCCCAAGGGUUGGAUCGGCUACGUCAUUUUGAUUAUUCACGCCGGCAUCAUUGUUCUCGGGUUCUUCUUGAAUGCCCUUCAGACGUGCGUCGAAGUCAUCGCCGGUCUGCUUGGCGCCGGUGGCGAGAGUGGCCUGGCCAGAGGUGGACUAGCCAAGAUCUUCGGCAUGCGCCAACUGCAGCGACGUACAAUGGCUCGUCGCAACGGGCCGUCUCGCCAAAGCACGCUUUCGAGCACCGCCAUGCUCGAUGCCGACGAAGUGUCCAAAGCGGGCUACAUGCCCGCAGGGAGAGUGCGAAGUGAAUCCCAGGGGAGCGCGUUCCUCCUGAGGAGCCAACAGAGAAGCUCUUCGGUUCUUGACAGCAUCGACACGUACUCGGCGCCGCCUCGCAACUUUGAUAGCGGCAGCAACUUCACGCCGACGACUCCUGGCGAGGCCAGCACUUUUUCCUUCCUACCCUCGCCCGGCGGAGCCACCCGCCCUCAGCCGGCUAUGAUUGCUGACCCCUCGGACCCCUACUAUCGGCCGCCUCGGCGUCGCGGCGACACACUGACGGGCUCCAUCAUGUCGGACAGACGCCGCGUUUCCAUUGCUGACUCGAGACGAUAUAGUCAGCUUGCGCCACAGCCAGCUGAUGGCGGCGACCUGGCGGAUGCCUUGCCUGCGGAUCAGGCAGAGCCUGGUGCGGCCCCCACUCAGGUCCCCAUCAGCCUGCUCCCACGUGCGGACUAUGCAACACGAGAAGUCGAUUUCUACUACGGCGUUCGCGGUCCAGCGCUGAACUCGGAGGCUCCAGGUCGCAGACUCGGUACGGGGCCUGCGGACCCGACUGGUCCCAUGGCCUCUGCAGCCGGCUGGCUCAGGACGAUGCUCGGCGGCAAGACAAAGGAGAAGGGCAAAGGAUUCGAGGUUGUCCGCAGCGCACGCAUGCCAACUUCGAUGCGUGCUCCCGGUGGCGAGUUUAGUGACAAUCCUCCCCCUGAAGGAAUUCCAGUGGCCAUGGGGGUACUGAGGAACGGACCCAUCGAUUCUGAUGAUUCUGAUGAUGACGAUGAUGGUCGUGCUGCUGCUGCACCGACGAAGGAUCAGAAGAACACACCGACGAAGGCUGCUGCGCCACAAGACGACUUGUUGACGGGAGACGAGGGGCGACGAAGCUCGGAGGAGACGGUGUCGGACCGAUCGAGGGUACCAGAUGCGCCUCCUGCGCUGCCAGGGCUAGAUUACGGCGACAGUUUCCACCUGCCCAGCCGAAUCCCGUCGCAAGCCAGCCGACAGCCAUCACAGAGACAGAGGCCGAGGAAUCUUGGAGUCGUCGGCCCUGAGUCUGAGACGCCCGACAUCCCCCGGAAAAGCUCGAAACGCCACUCGCAGGCCGAGUUCGACCACUCCCCCACGCCCUCCUUUAACCUGGUCCCGCCGACAUCGCCGUCUCGUGGCCAGGCACAACGGGCAGCAGUCGAUACAUCUCCCAAUCGACUGCCCUUUACAAGGACGGAAUCGCAACGACGACGCCUCUCGGGCUCGUCGAUGGAUGCUAGCGAUCUCAGCCAAAUCGACUUGAGCGGAUCUCCCGACGAUCGACCGACAAGUUUCGGUUACGUGCCACAACACAACAUCAGCAGAAUCGAUCCAGACCAGCAGCACCACGUGGACCUACUGGGCGCAUCGGCGGAACUCGUCGACGAGAGGGGCGCAUCGAGCCGCAGCUCCACGAGAUGA